AUGGCCGAGGACUCGCCAAAGGUCUCUACCGACUUGGGGGUGGGUCAGCUCUUCCAGUCUCCCAAUAUGAGUCAGUCUGGUACCAGUCGCCAUCGGGCCGAUUCUUCCUUCUCUGGACGUGCGCCAUAUUCAGAGACCCCGGACCUGGGACGAAGUCAACUUUUGCAACAAGUGACCAGCACUCCUGGGUCUUCGUCAGAUAUGCGGUCCAACAGUGAGCCCUUCCCUUCCCUGCCAAGUCUGAGCUUGGACACGCCUUUCCUCGAAGAUGUGAUCAGUGCCUCCAAUAGCGACAAAAAUCCGCCAACGUCUCCCACUGAUCGAUACUCUGGCUUUUUCUCUUCCGCCAUGCCAAUGUCAGACUCUCCCAACGAGGUCGAGGUCCAUCGGGGUCCCAAGAUUCUUCCCGAAGGAGCCAAAGUUCUGUUUGUCGCAGCCAGCCUGUACAAGUUUGACAUCGACCGUCCCCGGAGCGAGGCAGGUUUCCCAUACCUGACCUACGAGUCCGGGGCAGUCUUUGAUGUCUAUGGCGAAAAGGGUGAACUUUGGCUCGCGUGUAACCAGGACGAGAAUACGGAAGACCUGAAAGUCUCUCCUGAGGAACUUGCCGCGAUGGACCCCGGCGCUCGUGCCAUCAUUUUGGCCGAAAUUCAGAGGCGGAAGACCGAGAAAGAGAAGACUCUGGGGUGGAUCUGGAACAAGCAUUUCGUGAAGCUGGCGUGA